CGACUCACGUGCGUCGGAGGACACACUUCCCCCUACGCCGCCUUCGCCCCUCACCUGCAAUGGCGAAUCCAGCUGAAAACCCAGCAAUGGAAACUCCAUGCCCAGCAACUCCUUCUUCUUCUUCUUAUUCCUCUCCUUAUACUCCAAAACCAGAGAACCCAGCACCCCAAAGCCCCUCACCGUCACCGGCACUAGCAUCAACGGCGAGGCUGUGGAGGCCCACCGCGCAGAGAAACCUGAGAAAUCAAUGGCCCAAGUUAGCUUCUUACAGACAGCAAUGGGCUUCUUCUUCUUCCACUGCAAGAUCACACGCCACCUCUCUCGUAAACUCGUAUCUUUCUCUCAAAUACAUGCCUUCAAUGGAGUUGGGAGUUCUGAGUGAUAUGCCUAAUAUACGAAAGAAAGCUUGCCAUAAAUUAUUUAAGCGGCAGGAGCUUCAUCGAAGCGGACUUUUAUCGUCGUACAAGGACAUGGUUUCAGUUGUAACUCACAUGGUCCAAACUAGUAGAUCCAUGAGAUGCUUUGUCAAGGGGGCAACCAAUAAUCCACUCGUACAAUCUUCUGGCUGUUCUGAAGAUAAGAAUGAUCCCGGAUAUGGUGGCGGAAUUCCAGUCUUUGCAUUUUGGUCCAUCUCUUGCUUUGAAAAACUGGCGGAGGAGCUUGUCCAGAUGUUUAUAUUGGAGCUAAAUUUGAAGCGUUUGGUUGUAGUGGAAUUACUUUCAAUUAGUUGUGACGUUCCAACAGUAAACAGUUUGGAUUGGUCGGAUGAGCUUUAUCCGGGAGAAUUUGGUGAGUUGAGUAUAUGCAACUUAUAUGGUGAGGAGACUUGUAAGCCAAUCUAUCCAAGAUUGGAUGAUCAGAAAUUCGAAAUGCCAGCUGCACGAUGUAAUCAGCAGCCAGAUCAUGAUGUUUUGCAGGUUUAUCUAACGACGUGGAUUGCAGAGGUGAAUAUAGAUGCUCACAGGGUGGAUGAAAUAUUUGCCGAAGUUGGGGAGGAAAUGCAUGUUAGGAUUUCAUGAACUGGCGGUCUGGCUAGAAACAGAACGCCGGAAAAUUUGUUAAGGAGGCACUUAUGCUGAUAGACUGAAGAUUCAACACUCAUUUUAAGCGUCCCUCACGACUUAUAAAGAAGGGGAAGUCCUAAAAGACCCGGACUACGGGCAAAGAAAGAAUCUUCAAAGGAUGGAGGCAUCUACAGAUAAGGAAUCAGUGCAAGAGAAAUGCUGAAUUAUAUUUCUCUAGUUGUUUAUGUGCAUGUUGGUGGGUGGAGCACGACUUGCCAAACACCAGAGUAGCACUUGUAAUUUUGGUGGUAUUGACUUGAUUAAUCUUUGUAUUGGUUUUAAUCAUUGCUUAAACGUUCUUUGAGUUGAUCAUGAAGGUAUAUUACCGGUGUUAUAAGCACCGGGAUGAUCUCUAGA